AUGCAAGACUCAAUUGGAAUUCCUGCAUGUUUUUCUUCAACAAGUAACGAUGAUCAUCAUCCUCAUCAUCAAGGAGCUGUUACACGUUCAGGUAGAAGCCUUUACAUGUCCGUAUACAGAACAAAGUUAGCUGAUCAAUGCCGUUUGAUCACAAUCACAUGGUGCAAAAACCUGAUGCUCCAUGGUUUAUCAGUAUCAGUCGAAAACCCCGAGAAGGAAACUCAAUAUAGCUGCAAAGUUGAGCUAAAACCAUGGUACUUUUGGAGGAAACAAGGUUCGAAACGGUUCGCGGUAGAUGGAAAAGAAGUUGAUGUUUUCUGGGACCUUAAAUCUGCGAAGUUCAACGGUGAAACGGAACCAGCUUCAGAAUACUACGUAGCAGUUGUUUGUGAUGAAGAAGUUGUGUUGCUUGUUGGUGAUUUGAAGAAAGAAGCUUAUAAGAAAACCGGGUGUAGACCAUCACUUACUGAUCCAAUUCUUGUUUCAAAAAAGGAACAUAUAUUUGGAAAGAGAAAAUUCUCAACUAAAGCUAAGUUUCAUGAGAAAGGAAGGUGUCAUGAGAUUUGUAUAAAGUGUAAGAACAAAGGUAAUACGAAUGUUGUUGGAGAUGGAGAUUCUGUAAAAAGUGGCAGUGUUAAAGUUAAAGUUGAACCAGAGAUGGAGAUAAGAUUUGAUGGGGAGUUGAUGAUUCAUGUGAAGCAUUUGCAAUGGAAAUUUAGAGGGAAUGAAUCGGUUUAUCUAAACAAAAUGAGAGUUGAGGUGUAUUGGGAUGUUCAUGAUUGGUUAUUUAGUCCUGGUUUAAAGCAUGCUUUGUUUAUUUUUAAGCCUGUUUUUUCCUGUAAUUCUCUGUCACCUAUGUCUUUGUUUUCUCCAUCUUUGUCUUGUUCAUCUUCCUCCACUACUCCAUUAUCAAACCAGAGAAGUAGCAAUGGUACUUGUGAGUCAGUGGAAGGUCAUGGUGGUGAUUCAUUAUCAUCACCAUCAUCAGAGUUUUGUUUGUUUCUAUAUGCAUGGAAGGUUGAAUGA